GCCUAGCAGCGCAGGCAGCCAGGCAUGGUUGCAUAGCGAAACCCUCAGUCUCAACAUCACGUCACUUUCUCCGCCGACCUCCUUCAUCUCAUCGAAAUCAGCUUUAUUUUACCCGCCCUCGCGCUCGUUCGGGUCGCAUAACUGUUUGGUAUAUACUGCCGUAAUAUUUACUACGUGACCGGUCUCGCUGGUGUGGCACCAUGCCCCCGGUCAAACCAGACCCCGAUGCCGCAUCGCCGUACAUCAAGCCCGACCCAGACAGCAAGGAUGCCAUCCACACAGACAUAGGAGAUGAUGAUAUGUAUGAAGACGCCGGUGAUUUGGACUUCUCCAACUCCGCGCAGAGUGUGUGGCUUUCGCGAAUUCCCCGGUCGCUGUGGCAGAACUGGGAGAACCUUGACGACGAUGAGGAGAUCCAGGUUGGGACUGUGCGGAUUGAAGGACCCCCCAAUGACAUCAAACGGGUCAGUUUGCGCCUCAACGAACGGGAGGACAACCAUGAGAUCCCCAAGGACUACAUCCUCCAGCGGCAGACGAUAAACAACGAGAACAUCUCACAUUCUACGCAGAACACGUAUGUGUUCACGGAGAAGGAAAUUCCCGGCGGCGAUAACCGCAUGGUGGUCUUUGGAGAGGCACGAUCGGCCCUCUACGAAUCCAUGAAGCGGGACGCGAGGAAAAAGGAACGCAAGAAGAAAUGGGAGCCAUAUGUUCGGAGGACAGUACCAAAAUUGACCGCGCUGGUUGGAAGCGUCGGCGAGGAGUUCAACUGCCUCCCCGUGGAGAAUGAGGAGUUCCGGAUGCUCUCCGAGAAAAAGGCGCUCGAGGCCCUCAAACCCAAGCGGGAGACUGUCUUCAUUGACAAGGUCCCCGGGAAACUGCUCCAGGCGAGGAACCUCCUGCCCGGAGAAAAGAGCGCUUUUGUGCAAGCGACAAAGGGCCCCAAGCUCAAACCCCAGGAGAACAAGUCUACGCGUAUGCCGCAGAACGAGCUGCUGGACCUGAUCUACCAGUGUUUCCGCGAAUUCAGAUACUGGCCGUUUAAGAACCUUAAGGCGCGACUCCGCCAGCCGGAAGCCUAUCUGAAACAGACCCUGGAAAUGAUCGCGCAUCUGGUUAAGUCUGGUGAUUUUGCCAUGACCUGGGAGCUUAAGCCCGAGGCCAAGGAAAGUAACUACGCGAACGCUAUGGGCUACGGAGAAGCCAAGGAAGAGCUGCCCCCGGGUACCGACUUGAACUUCGACGAGGGCUCCGAAGAGGAAGCCACGGGCUCGGGCAUGGUCACCGAUAACGAUGAGAUGCAAUUUGAGAAUGUUGUCUAAUACAAGGUAGGGGUCAACCUCUGUAGCAUAAGCAAGACCACGGCACGGCGUUUGGGUUUCCAUUCUACUUUCUGGGUGGUAUAAAAGUUGCUUUGGAGUUAUUCACGGGCCCAGAUGCCUAAUUGAACCAUACAAUAUAUGGUAGUGAAUCAGACUGGUAGAUAUAUCACUACCAAUGACAAAGUGAUUACA